ACGAAACUGCUGUGAGCUUAGCUGAUUCAUUUCUAGAUGUUGCUCUGUUCAGAGACCAUUCACUAGGUCAGACUUAACUGUGCUAGAUUGAGAAGGAGACUUGCUGUGGACUGAAAAUCUACUCUUCAGAACACUUGGGCGGAAAAGUGAAAGAAAAGUUGUUUUGUCAAAGCCAUCUGAGUCUUCAAAGAUUCUACUGAUCAAACUCAUCCUUGGGAAAUGUCUCAUCAACCAAGCCAACUUCUUCUUGUGAUUUUUUGCGUACUUCUGUUGACUUGCACGUUUCCAAGUGGGUCAAGUGGAAAUAAACUGCGCAAGAUGAUUCAGAAAAGACGUGCUGGAGAGAAAUUGACUGCUUCGGUUUCUGAAUCAAAAGCUAAUGAGUUUUUGAACAGUUUGAAACGUUCAAAACGGCACCUUUGGGAUAGAUCUCGCGAUGAUGUUCAGCAGUGGUACCAGCAGUUCAUUGACAUGGGAUUUUCUGAAGCUAAAUUUGAAGAAGCUGUUGCACAUUGGAGGAGCGUUUACCAAGAUGCCACUCAGAAUGAUUACCACCGCUACUACAACCACCACAUUAUGAUGGGAAUUCCUCCACUUGGCCCCUAUUAUUCCCAAUCCAUGCGGCAUGGGCUAAUGUUAAUUAUGAUGAUAUUAAAGCAACAAUAUACAGGCCGUAAAUAUUACAAUGUUUAAGCUUUAUGCAAAUAUUAUGCCAACAUGUUAAUCUUUUUCUUGAAUAUUAUUGCCAAGGCUGGAAUCGCGGGAUUGCAAACAAUUACAAAUGUAAGUUGUUCCCGGCGUCCUAACGCUUUCUCUUUUUUAUUCUGAAAACUGUUGUAUCUAAUCAGCUUGAAGUAAUUUCUUACAUGCUGAAAAUUGAAUGUUUGUACUUUGGUAAUGUGACUAUUUAGGAUCACAUAAAUUGUAGAAGUGAGUAAUGGAUGUUGGAAUAAUUCCUUUGUGUCUUCUAAAAUGGCAUUUUAUUUUCUAAUUAAAAAAUCAUAAUUUUU